GUAGGUUCAAGCAUCAUACGCUUUUGAGCAUUCUUCAAGAACACAACCAGAAGAAGAAUAAAGAGUAAAAAUGAAAUUCUCAAAGGUUUUCUUCGUUUUCUUCGCAUUCGUGGCUGCGUUUGCGACCGUCACCGCUUCGCCAUUCAACUUAGGGAAGGAACUGGAAGGAAUCGGCCAAAGAGUCAGAGACAGCAUCAUCAGUGCCCGACCGGCUGUUGACACCAUCUUGGAAGCCCAGAAGAUUUUCAAGGGAGGCGACAAAGACUGAACGAAAUGAUGUCAUAAUUUAAAGAUCAUUUUUUAUACCUAAGUUUGUUUUACAACAUAAAACGUUACGUACGUUCGAGGAAAAACUCAUUAGAUUAUAUUCAUGUAAAUUAUGUAAAUUAGCAAAAGAGAAUUUCAAAUUACCUUUUCUUGGAACUCGGAUUCUGUGAUAUAAUAAAUGUUUAUUUUAAAGUA